GAGCUAAUGAUCCAUGAUAAGCACCAAGCGGCCAAUAAUUCCUGCUGACAAAAAAGAGUGCGCUCCUUGGUCUCUCCCCAAGGCGCAUUCACAGAAGCGACGGCUAUAAAGCAGGAGCCAGCUGGCAGCUGGCAUCUCCUCCUUGCAAUUGCACCCGGUAUCAGCAAACUCUCUCCCAAUCCCUCUCCUGUCCUUUUUGCUCUUCCACCCCAGCACAUCCGUCGGGCUCGAAGCUUCUUCCAAACACACACUAGUACAUAGCACACACAUACACAAGAACUGUAAUCAUGGCCAACCCGCCCCACGGAGGAAUUCUCAAGGACCUCUAUGUCCGCGACGAGCCGAUUCAGGCCCAGCUGCAGGCCGAGGCCGAGACGCUGCCGUACGUGACGCUGACUGAGCGCCAGCUGUGCGAUCUGGAGCUGAUUCUCAACGGUGGCUUCAGCCCGCUGGAGGGAUUCCUGACCGAGGCCGAGUACAUCUCAGUGGUGAACACCAACCGCCUCCCUGACGGCGCUCUGUGGACAAUCCCCAUCUACCUUGACAUUGACCGGGCGCACCUGGACUCGCUGGGCCCGGAUCGCGCGGUGGAGGCCGAGAAGGUGUACGGCGCCAACGACCAGGCGCACCCAGCAGUGCAUUACCUGUUCAACAACACCAAGGACACGUUUGUUGGCGGCAAGGUGCAGGCCGUCAACCCACCGCAGCACUACGACUACGUGGCCAUCCGCCGGUCGCCGGCCGAGGUGCGCGCACUGUUCAAGAAGCUCAACUGGACCCGCCUGACGGUCCGUGCAGCGCGCAUGCGCCACGCCAACGUGCUGAUCCAGCCAGUGGUGGGUCUGACCAAGCCCGGAGACAUCGACCACUUUACGCGCGUGCGCGUCUACCAGGCCAUCAUGCCCAAGUACCCCAACGGCAUGGCGCAGCUCUCGCUGCUGCCGCUGGCCAUGCGCAUGGGCGGCCCGCGCGAGGCCGUGUGGCACGCCAUCAUCCGCAAGAACUUUGGUGCAACCCACUUCAUCGUCGGCCGCGACCACGCCGGCCCCGGCAAGAACUCGCAGGGCGAGGACUUUUACGGCCCGUACGAGGCUCAAGAUCUGGUGCUGCAGUACCGCGACGAGCUGGACAUCGAGGUCGUGCCCUUCCAGAUGCUGACGUACCUGCCCGACACCGACGAGUAUCAGCCCAUCAAUGAGGUCCCCGAGGGCACCAAGACCCUUAACAUCUCGGGCACCGAGCUGCGUCGCCGCCUGAAGACCGGCGCUCCGAUCCCCGAGUGGUUCUCGUACCCCGAGGUCGUGCGUAUUCUGCGCGAGGCCAACCCGCCGCGCGACAAGCAGGGCUUCACUGUCUUCCUCACCGGACUGCAUGCCUCCGGAAAGGAAGCCAUUGCAGCUGUCUCGCUGCUGCUGGGCGAGACCAUCCGCUCCGAGCUGUCCUCCGAGCUGGGCUUCACGCGCCGCGAGCGCGACAUUAACGUUGGCCGCAUCGGCUUCGUCGCCGGCGAGCUCACCCGUGCGGGUGCCGCCUGCAUUGCUGCCCCCAUUGCCCCCUACGAUGCUGCGCGCCAGCUGGUCAAGCAGCAGGUCAGCAAGGCCGGCGGCUUCUACCUCGUCCACGUUGCCACCCCGCUCGAGGACGUGCCUAUUGCUGGCGAGAUCAAGGGAUUCACCGGCAUUGACGAUAAGGCUGAUCUCGUCGCCGAUGUUACCAAGACCUCGAUCUCGCAGAUUGUUCACGAGAUCAUUUUGCUGCUAGAGCGCGAUGGGUAUAUCGGUGACCGCUAAUUUUCGAUUUCCUUGUCUCGCUUCUUUCCUCAAUGAGCUGUAUAAAUCUUUUCCUUCAC